AUGGUUAUACAUGACGAAGGUUUCUGCAAGGAGAGGCUGGAGGACAUUGCAGAAGACGAACAGUGCUCGGAAUGCUAUCUGAAGUCUGUUCAGUUGGAGAUCAAUCAGCCAAUUGGGGGCUCUUCAGUCAGUCCGGACGAAUUUGACGAGCUGAAAGAAUCCUGCAAUAUACCGACGACGUCGUAUCCAGUUGAUCCAACUUUUCCUGGGACUCCUUCAGAGACCGCCGGCGACACCAUCAACUCUAUCGCCAAUGCCCUCUCGGUCGCCACAGACCGGCUGCUGAUGUAUAACGGGCUGCCUUUGACGUGGGACGAACCCUUCACUGCAGGCGAAGAACUGUGCCUCGACCAGGUCUCGCAAUGUUUGAUUCACAAGGUCACAUCCUCAGACAGCUGCUCGUCCCUCCUCGUGCUCGCGGGACCCAGCGUCACCGAUUUAAUGCUGCAAUCAUGGAAUCCCACCAUCGGCCGCUCAUGCGCAAACCUAGAAACUAUAAUAGGAAAAUACAUCUGCAUCGGCCCCCCGGGCCAAACAAGCACGUUUACCCCUGUUAUACCUUCGACUACCGCUUCGCCUACAAUCACAACGCCUCCAGACACGUAUACCUGGGAGCCAGCUCCCGACAGCCUGACAAACACUGUCAACAUAACAACUACCUGGGCCUUCCCCACCGAAACGGUCUCAAUCCCCGUCCAUACAGCGAACUCACUCCCCUCAAAAGAAGACACUCAGGCCAUGAGAGACCGCACAGCGCACUGUCCUUUCAAAGACGAAUAUAACAGCACAAUCUGGAAUGCUGGCCUAGGCGACGAAGAAUAUCACCUGCACUCCUGGGACCUCGAUCCCGAGUGUACAGAGGAAUACUGGGACCCGUACUGCCUCCCAGGCCCCAACGAUCCCAUCCUCCCCAGUCCAACCGAAAUCCCAUCUUCAUGCUAUCCAACAAUUACGAAAAUUAUCCCCGAAGGUUGGGUUGAGCCGCCGGGGCCCACGGAAAGCGGAGUCCCAGAUCAAUGCAAUAAAUGGCAUCUUGUGACAAAUGGCGAGACUUGCGCGGGGAUUGCGGCGAAGUAUGACCUGUCUGUCGAUAAGCUCAGCGAGCUCAACCCGGCGCUUAAUGCGCAGUGUAGUAAUUUGCGAGGGGCCUUUGCAAUAUGUGUGCGGGUUUGGGUGGACACGGUUACGGCUACACCUACACCUACUACCACUACAACUGCGGGACCACCUGGACCAACGGGGACGGGGACGAGCCCGACCUGUACGAAGUGGCAUCUUCUCGAGAAAGGCGAUACGUGCGACUCCAUCAUCGCCAAGUACGGUCUCAUCCUGUCUCGCUUCAGGCAGUUGAACAGGAGCGUGGAUUCGGAGUGCACAACCUUGGUUGUGGGGAAUGCGUACUGCGUAGGACGUGACACAGAACCAGCCCUUGAUAGGCUGAACAGUAGUUUAUUCAAUCCUAUGAUGAUUAAACAUAUCACAUUGCAGGGUCACGCUAGCCUUGCAAUCCAUGUCGUCCCUCGCUCGCGAAGACUAGAACUAGGACUUUCGUCUCACCUCAUCAAGGCUACAACAGCAUGCAAGGCCCCCCAAAUCCUUAGGACUCAGAAUCUAACCAUGCGAGAGCCGGAAUCCCGCCUGAGCUAA